GCCCGGCGGCCGGAAGGGGGCUGUGAUUGCGGCGCUGCCGUCCGCCCGCGCCCGCCGCCGCCGCUCGGCUCCUCAGCCAGCCCUUGUGAUGUGCUUUGGCUUUCUGCUUGCUGUGUCUCUGGAACAGAGCCUCCAGUGAAGGAAGCUGGCUAGCUUUUCCCUGAGCUGGAGUUAGUGCUCAGACACUGGACAUCUGCUCCUUGUUUUGGAGGUGCUGAGGACACUCCAAAGUAGCCCUGCUUCCAGUGGAGCAUUCCAGGGUGCCUCACUGCUCCCUUGCUUCCAGUGGAGCAUUCCAGGGUGCCUCACUGCUCCCCAGCAAUGUAGCUGCCAGCUGCUGCCUGUGAAGGACUCUCAGCCUCCAGACCCUGCACAGUGCCUCCCACUGCUACCAUGAUCUUCUGCAUGCUGCUGUUGGCCUCCCUGCCUGAGCCAUCUGGAGCUGAAGUCAACCCUGCUCUCUGCCGUUACCCUCUGGGUAUGCACGAAGGGACGAUCCGGGAUGAGGACAUCACCGCCUCCAGCCAGUGGUACGAUUCCACGGGGCCCCAGUAUGCCAGGUUACAAAGAGAAGAGGGAGAUGGAGCCUGGUGCCCAGCUGGCUUCUUGCAACCAGAAGACGUCCAGUACCUUCAAAUCGACUUGCACAAGCUGUUCUUCAUCACCCUGAUCGGGACUCAGGGCCGGCACGCCCGCGCCACGGGCAAGGAGUUCGCCCGCGCCUACCGCAUCGACUACAGCCGCAACGGCGAGCGCUGGAUCUCCUGGAAGGAUCGGCAGGGGGAGAAGGUGAUCCAGGGCAACAUCGACACUUACGACGUGGUCUUGAAGGACCUGCGGCCGCCCAUCAUCGCCCGCUUCGUGCGGGUGAUCCCUGUGACCCAGAUGCUGAUGACUGUCUGCAUGAGGGUGGAGCUCUAUGGCUGUGUCUGGUAUGAUGGUUUGGCAUCCUAUAGCAUCCCUGAAGGAGGGACAAUAACGGCUCCUGGCUUCCCCAUCGUUUAUCUGAAUGACUCGACCUAUGAUGGCUACCAGGAGCGCAGGCACCUGUAUGGUGGCCUGGGCCAGCUGACAGAUGGAGUGCUGGGGCUGGAUGACUUCACGCAGAGCCACCAGUACCGCGUGUGGCCAGGCUACGACUACGUUGGCUGGAGGAAUGAGAGCUUCAGCACAGGCUCCGUGCAGGUGGAGUUCCAGUUCGACCGACCCCGCAACUUCACCUCCAUGAAGGUGCACUGUAACAACAUGUUCUCCAAAGGGGUGAAGAUCUUCCAGAAGGUGGAAUGCCUGUUCAAACCACGCCUGAUUGCAGACUGGGAGCCUGAGCCCGUUGGGGUGGCAACUGUACUGGAUGACAAAAACCCCAGCGCCAGGUUCGUGACCGUGCCCCUCAACCACCGCGUGGGCAAGGCCAUCCUCUGCCGCUUCUACUUCGCCGACACCUGGAUGAUGAUGAGUGAGAUUUCCUUCCAGUCAGACAUGGAGAGUGUCAAUCCCAGUUUCGUUACGGCAGCCACAAGCACGACAGAUCUCCUGGAACCGGAGCUCAAUGCUACAGAGGGGACCUGGGAAACCACUUCUUCUGUAACCAGCACCUGGAUAGGAGAGAAAGCAGAUGACUCCAGUACCUCCAUCCUUGUGGGCUGUCUUGUGGCUAUUAUUCUUCUGCUCCUGAUGAUUAUAGUCAUUAUCCUUUGGAAGCAAUACGUUCAGAAGAGGCUGGAGAAGGCCCCACGUCGAAUCCUGGAGGAGGAUGCCACAGUUCGCCUCUCCUUCUACAGCUACACCAUUGCCAACAACCAGACCCAGAUCCACCAGUCAAAUCCCACCUAUGAACGUGCUUUCCCACUGGAUCUGGAAUAUCACCAGCCAGCUACGCUGCUCCAGAAGCUUCCAGAGCUCUCCCAAAGUGCAGAGGACUCAGUGUGCAGUGGGGACUAUGCUGAGCCCGACCUGACCAAGUCCACUCCUCACCAAGGCUUUCAGAACAAUGUUCCUCACUAUGCUGAAACAGAUAUUGUCCACCUGCAAGGUGUGACAGGCAACAACAUGUAUGCAGUGCCAGCCCUCACCGUGGAUUCCCUCACCAAGAAGGACAUCUCAGUAGGUGAAUUCCCGCGGCAGCAGCUGCGACUGAAGGAGAAGCUGGGAGAAGGACAGUUUGGAGAGGUGCACCUUUGUGAAGCUGAUGGGCUGCUGGAAUUCCUGGGGGUCUCCUCCACAGAGUUCACUCACCAGCCGGUCCUCGUGGCGGUGAAAAUGCUGCGAUCAGAUGUCAACAAAACAGCCAGGAAUGACUUCCUGAAGGAGAUCAAGAUCAUGUCGCGCCUGAAGAACCCAAACAUCAUCCGGCUGCUGGGGGUGUGUGUGCGUGAGGACCCCCUCUGCAUGAUCACAGAGUACAUGGAAAACGGAGACCUCAACCAGUUCCUUUCUCAGAGGGAGAUCUACAGCAAAUUUGCUGUUUCCAACAACAUUCCCUGUGUCAGCCACUCCAACCUGCUGUACAUGGCCACGCAGAUCGCCUCGGGCAUGAAGUAUUUGGCAUCUCUCAACUUCGUGCACAGGGACCUGGCCACUCGCAACUGCCUGGUGGGCAACAACCACACCAUCAAGAUUGCAGACUUUGGCAUGAGCAGGAACCUCUACAGCGGCGACUACUACCGCAUCCAGGGCAGAGCUGUGCUGCCCAUCCGCUGGAUGGCCUGGGAGAGCAUCCUCCUGGGCAAGUUCACCACAGCCAGUGAUGUGUGGGCAUUUGGGGUGACCCUGUGGGAGAUGUUUGUGCUGUGCAAGGAGCAGCCUUACAGCCUGCUGUCGGACGAGCAGGUGAUCGAGAACACCGGAGAGUUCUUCCGCAGCCAGGGCAGGCAGAUCUAUCUCUCCCAGACUCCUCUGUGCCCCAACCCUGUGUUUGACCUGAUGCUGAAAUGUUGGAGCAGGGAUAUCAAAGAUCGUCCUACUUUUGACAUGAUUCACCACUUCCUGCUAGAACAGUUGGAAUCAAACAUUUGACUCCAGGAAGAGACAGACUGUUGAGAACAGGGUGCCUGUGGUGUCUCCUGGGCCUGUACCUCACGGGAAGAUGGUCAGGCCACCUUGCUCUCCUCCCCUGACUGUGCCGCGUUUAGGUCGAGACGUCCAUGGCAGCUGCUCAUUCUCUUGGCCAUGGUCUGACACGCAGGACCAGAGGAUCUCACUUGGUUGAAAAAUCAUCUCCUCUUCUGAAUCGUUUCCUGGGAAUACUGUGAGAGGGAUUUUUUAAUAGGUACCCAAACACCUCCAGGGCAAAACCUUGAGGGGCUUGGAGCUCUCUCCUGAGCGGAAGAGAAAGCUACCGGCAGUGAGAGUGCUGCCACUGGAGAACAGACUUGGAGCGAAGACUUGAGUCUUCCAGAACUUUUCCAUUGGCUCAAAUGGAAGUCUUGUGCACAUUAGCAGGUGUUUCUGUAUGCUCUCGCUGCAGGCAAGCUGUAGUCAGAGCCUAGAAAUGUCUAGAGCUAGGAGAUGGUUGAAGGGACUUGAGAACUGACAAAGCAUUUGGCAACCCUUUGGGAGUCACGGAGGAUGCUGAUACCCGAGUCCAAGGUCAUGUUCUUCUCUUUUCCUGUGGUUGUUAAGCACUGCUUUUGUUCUGUAUGUGCCUUCUCCCCACACUGGAUUUUUAGGGUUUAUUUUCUAGGGAAAAAAAAAACAAACAAAAAAAAAAAGGAGGAAAAAAAAAAGUUGCAAAUGAAUGUUAAAGGUCAGAGGAAGGUCAGGGAGGUUUGAAGAUCUUCUUCUGGCCUGCAAAUUAAGGCUAGGGUAGGGAGUUUGUAUUGGAAAGUAGCUGAUACUGUACUACUGUCAUUAUGUAGAUUUCUUAGCCUAACAAACUUGUAGCCACAAUGGACUGAUGUGCAAUUAACCCUGUAGGAGUACCCAUUAAUAUGAGAUCUCUAGGUCAGUGCUGUGCCAUGUGCAGAGGGAUCUGAGCUGUGCCCAGAGCAGGAGCUCGCAGGAGAGGCAGCGGAGCAGGGUCCGAGCUGUCCCCUGGCACACAAUGCUCGCUGUGCCAGGGGCUCCUCAGGUCUGCAGCAGCAGGGUUGGUGCUAUCAGGCAGGCAGAUGCACUCCAGGCUCCUUGGUUGCCACGAUCCAGUCUGGCAGUGGGAGAUGGGACUGGCACAUCCCCUUAGAGCGGCUCUGUGCCUUGGUCUGAAGGCUCCCCGCGCAGCACAGGGCCAUCGCUCAUUGAACUCGAGGCUGUUUCUCCUUUGUCCUGUCACAAACAGCUCAUUCUCUGGAGGGUUUGAGAGGGCUCUGAAAUCCACUUGGAGUGAGUUGGAGAAUUCAGCUCCUUCUACAAUAAAUCCAUUGUGGAUUUACCAGGUGCCUAGGGAAUACUCUGCUCUUCCCUCUCUAGUUGUUCAGCGAGCUGCUUAGGACCAAACGUUUCACGAGCUGAGGGAAGAUGAAAGCUCAGCACUUGGCUUUUUUUUUAAGCAGCAGCCAGCAGAGUUUAUCUUUCCAGUCAGGAUCCUGAAGAUAAUUGGUUUCUCUUAGCCACAAGCCCAGGAUGAAUGUCUGCCUGUGCUCUCAGCCCUGCGAGAGGGCACUGCUGACAGGGGACUGGCAAAGCAGCUCCAGCGCCAGCAGAGCCUAAGUGGAAAGAAAAUGAUGCUUCUGGAUUGGCAGCUCUCAGGAUUCAGAGUGGGUUGGGGUGCAAGGGACCUUACAGGUCAUCCAGUUCCAACCCCCUGCCAUGAGCAGGGACACUUCCCACUAGCCCAGGUUGCUCAAGGCCUCACCCAGCCUGACCUUGAACACCUCCAGGGAGGGAGCAUCCACAGCCUCCCUGGGCAGCCUGCUCCGGUGUCUCGCUGCUGGAGCAUGGCAUGACCACGUCUGCUCCCUGGGCACAGCAGUCUCCAUCCUGAAGUUCCCCAGCUGCAGCUCCCUUGAUGGGACUAUGCCCAGACUGUCCUGCUGCAGACCCCAUGUAGGGUUCCCCUGCCUGUCUGGGGGCAUCUCCAUCCAAGCUGGUCCUCUGAGCCGCCUUUACAUGCUGAGGAGCUGGAGGGUCCAAGCCAUCUCCUCUCCCUGGGAGGCCUUCAGGGGCUCAGGUGACUCUCACUCCAAGAUGGGUAUUUUUGUUCUCCUUUGCCCAGAGGGGCCUGGGGUGGGCUGCUGUUCCCUGUGUGUGUGUCUGGAGCUGGGUGACAGGAGACAAAGCCAGCGUGGUCCCUGCUGUAGCCUGCUGGGCGCUGGUGGCUUGGCCAAGCACACUUGAUUGUAUUUCUGGAGUAUUUCUAUCCUGCCUCAGAACAUGGACCCAAGGAACCCUCAGCUGUGUGCCUGGGCUCCUGCACGUGGGCGUGGAGAGGAGCCAGAGUGCUGCAAGCUCACCUGGGUGGGCUUUCUGCUUCUCUGGGGUCAGGAUGUGCUGUUCCUCCCUUGACAUGUUGACAGGCGAAGUUGCUCUCCUAUCAAUAAAUUCUAAUGGUAACCUUGACAGAAA